GGCCAUGCCAAUGCCAAUGCCAUGCAAUGGACACGGGCGCACGGACGCUCUCCUCCUCUCCUCCUGUCCCCAGUAAUUAACCCCGGCAACCUGACGCUGACGCUGACGCCGCCGCCGCCGCCGCGAGCGGCAAGGAGAGAGAGAGAGAGAGAUUAAUAUAAUUGAUCGAUCAGGAUGAUGGACGGGCACGCGGUGGACGAGCUGAUCCGGCGGCUCCUGGACGGGAAGAAGGGCAAGGCGCCGCCGAGCAAGAAGGUGCAGCUGAGCGAGGCGGAGAUCCGCCACCUCUGCGUCACCGCCAAGGGCAUCUUCCUCUCCCAGCCCAACCUCCUGGAGCUCGAGGCCCCCAUCAACGUCUGCGGCGACAUCCAUGGGCAGUUCUCGGACCUGCUCCGGCUGUUCGACUACGGCGGUCUGCCGCCGUCCGCCAACUACCUGUUCCUGGGCGACUACGUGGACCGUGGGAAGCAGAGCAUCGAGACCAUCUGCCUGCUGAUGGCGUACAAGAUCAAGUUCCCGGACAACUUCUUCCUGCUGCGUGGCAACCACGAGUGCGCCUCCAUCAACCGCAUCUACGGCUUCUACGACGAGUGCAAGCGCCGCUUCAGCGUGCGCCUCUGGAAGCUCUUCACCGACUGCUUCAACUGCCUCCCCGUCGCCGCCCUCAUCGACGACAAGAUCCUCUGCAUGCACGGCGGCCUCUCCCCGGACCUCGACAGCCUCGACCGCAUCACCGAGAUCCAGCGCCCCGUCGACGUGCCCGACCAGGGCCUCCUCUGCGACCUCCUCUGGUCCGACCCCGACCGCGAGAGCCCCGGCUGGGGCGAGAACGACCGCGGCGUCUCCUUCACCUUCGGCGCCGACAAGGUCGCCGAGUUCUUGAACAAGCACGACCUCGACCUCAUCUGCCGCGCCCACCAGGUUGUGGAGGACGGCUACGAGUUCUUCGCGGAUCGACAGCUCGUCACCAUAUUCUCCGCACCAAACUACUGCGGCGAGUUCAACAACGCCGGCGCCCUGAUGAACGUCGACGCCAGCCUGCUCUGCUCCUUCCAGAUCCUCAAGCCAUUGAGAGCCAAAGCGCAGACGGACUAACAGAAUUUGUAUAUUGUUAGAGGAUCGAAUAGAAUCAUGGAGAUCUCAUAGAUUUGCAUGCACAUAUUUCUCCUCGCACAUCCAUGCUUCUAUCGAAUCGUUUGCUUGUAAUCCAUUAAUUAUAUAUGUGUAUAUAGUCAUAUAGAAGCAUUCACGUCCACUAGCAAAACGUCAUCUAACAGAAACUCUAACAGAGCCGUCGUAUCGGCCCGAUCAGCAUAAUAAUCCUCAAGGGGUGGUGAAUAGCUCCUGUGCGACGUUUUUUAUGUAAAUUGGAAAGGAUGCAACGUAAGAGCAACUUUAAUGGG